AUGGCAAGAUGCAAGGCCAUUGACGUGGAGCUUGAACCAGAGGAGUGCGCACACUUGAUGGCCAUGAGAUUGAUCAGAGGGGCUGUGGCAGAGGACUGUGACGUGUCAAAGGAGAUGCUGAAACACGAUGGAUGUUAUGAAAUGGAAGAUGACGUGCUGAGCCUCAAUGGGGAUUCUGAGGAUGAAGGAGAACUUGUUCAUUUUGCAUGUGGUUUGGCCUCAGGUGCUUUGAAACAAGCUAUGCAGCUUGACCUUGCCAAAGCCUCUUGGGCUGCUGUCCAAGAAAACACAGCCGAUUUCCACGAAGUCAGAGGCUUCAGGGAUGAGGAAGAGGAAGAUGAUGAUUUCCAGGAGGUUCACAACACGGAGACUGGCGAGUUUGAGGUGCUAGCAUCUCAGAAUCUCACGGGAACUGUCCUGGAGGUUGAAAACAGUCCCGCCGACCAGGUCGAGAUGUUGCGUCAAGAGGCACGUGACCUGCUGCUCAAGGCUGCUGGCAACGGUCGCCUGGCUGCAGUCUUCAAGCAGCGGAGUAGCAAGGCUGAAACAUCCGAGCCCAUUCCAAGCAUCCCUGGGUCAAAAGCUCCCACCGUUUUCGAGUGCGAGUUACAGCCUCAUACUCGUACCAUGCACAAGAUCUCAAGUGCUCCAACCCUGAAGCGACAGCCUUCAGCUCAACUGUUGCAGGAGGUUGGUGCACCUCUUGAACCAUUUGCACAAUUGAAACUUGCUUGGUAUAUGGCAGGAUCUCCUUCCAAAAGUCUUCGUCAAAAAGAGCUCCUGUCCUUGCCAGCAGACUACCGUGGCCUUCAGAAGCUUCAUUCACUGACGACUCAGGGUGACUUUCUCCCACGCUGUGCUUCGCUGGGUUCCUUGAAGAAGGCUUUGCCACCCUUGAGGCCUUUCCGGUCUACCCGGCCAUGA